AUGCGGCCUCAGAAGAGGCAACGCUUGGAAACAGGCUUGAGCCUUGCCCAGGUCAUCCGCAGCUUUGGAAGCCCAGAGCGUCCAUCGCAGGAGGGUUUCGGUGCGAAGCCGGAAGAAGAGCCGCACACCAAGGAGGAGGUGGAAGAGGAGGAGGAGGAUGUUGGUGCGGAAGAGGUUGUAAAAGAGGAGCCUGAACCUAAAGAGGAAAGCGUUGACGCACAGGAGGAUCUUGCUGAACCUAAAGAAGAAAGCCUUGAGGAAGAGCUGGCAUGGAAGGAGGAGGAUGAUGAGGAGAAGCAGGAAGAGGAGGAGGAGGAGGAGGAGGGCAUUUAUUCUCAAAGUACCGCUGCUGGAACAUCGACGUCUGCCUCGCAAAGUUUGUCACAAGCAUCCUGGCAACCGUUGUCACAGGACUUGGAGGCCACGGCGCAUGGCUUGGAACUGGCGGAUGCAGCAGGCAUGCAAGAGCCUCGUGGAGGCUUCGCAGAUCUCAGUCCGGAAGAGAAGGAAAUACUUUUAACUGUGUCUGAAAGCCUCACGAAAGAGAUAGGUAUGAAGGCUUUUUACACGUUCGAUGUCCGGACAUGCCGUGAGGACUUGAAGAAAUUGGUGCACACCUUCUUCUCCAGGUACAGGCAGACAGAAUCCGAGGACCGCUACUUCGACACGGAAGCAAUUUAUCAGAACAAUCAGAGGAGGUUUGCAUCAACAUUGACGACGCCCUCCUUCUACCAGCGCAGUUUUCGAGGCCACCCGAUGCUACUUCGCAGUAUGGCGGAAACCUCUGCUUGUAGGACAUUCCUGGAAGAUACAGACGCUCGCGAGGUUUCCAGGUGGCUUCCGCCACCUUCCAGAGUACUGCGAAGAGAGAUCUUGGCAAAGUUCAACAAAGACUGGAAGGAGGCUAUGAUUCAGCGGGGCAUCCGUCCCAAGCUAGUUCAGCAAGAAGCUAUCCAAGCGCUUUCCGAGAAACUUAGGUCUCUGGGCUGUAGGCUGGCUUUGUGGGAUGGUAAUGCCUGA